UAUUGGUUGAAUGAUUGAAGUAAUUUGAUUAUCAAUUCAUAAAAAGUCAAUGUAAUGUAUUUCAGUAAUCAAAAAAGGAAAGCAUAUUCAUAAAUAAAUAAAAAUCUUUGACCUCAUAUUUUUUUUUAAUGUAGUUCAUUUGAUCCACAAGGAGUCAUAUGAAAAAUGAAUACAAAUUACAAAUCUUUCAAAACUGAUAAAAUCGGACUAACCUUAUUUAAUCAUUGUUAUUUGAUUAUUAUAUCUUAAUCUGUUAAUAAUUAUUGUUGAAAUAAAUUAAAGAUGUCGAAAUUAAUGGAAUGGUUGACAGCUUUAAGUGUUUUAGUAUCUUUGUGGAUUGCUAUUUCAACAAAUAAAAUAGGAAAUAAUUUCACCAAGCAACAUCCACAAUUAAUAUUAUACUUACCAUUAAUUCUGAUCAUUUUAUUUGGGUUAUAUGCCAUGGUUAUUGUAUUGUAUAGGACUUUCACAUUCAAUAACUGUGUUAAAGCUGCAGCUGAAUUAAAAAUGGAAAUUCAAGAGGCCAAGUCUUCUUUGAAAAGUUUGGGAUUUAUAUCUCCAAAAACAACCUCGUGAUGUGAUGAAAUUGUAUUUAACAAUAUAUGAAAUACAAUAAAAGAGUAGAAUGAUAAUCACAAA